UUCCGAGAAGUCAUGGUGAGAGAACAGCCUUUGGCUUCAGAGCCUGAGCUGCUUCGGGGUCGCAGGCAGUUUCAGCGCCGGCCGCUGAGGGAGCGUCGCACUUCUCGAGGCGCGAGCGAGGGAGCCAGACGACGAUGGAAGAGGGGCGCUCGUGGCUGGGCCUCUGGUCGCCCGGCCUGCCCACCUACAUCCUCCUCACCACAUGCUUGGCCGUCGUGAUGUCCUGGCUUUACAAAUGGCAGCAAAAGGUGUCGCUGGUGGAGAAGAUGCCCGGGCCGAAGGCGCUGCCGCUCGUCGGGAACUCACUCUUCUUCUGGGGCGGCCCUGAGGUGCUUUUCCAACAACUGUACAAGAUCACGGAGUUCGGCGACGUGGCGCGGUUCUGGCUGGGCCCGAAGCCGUACUGCAUGCUGAGCAGCGCCAGGACCGUCGAGGCGAUCCUGAGCAGCCAGAAGCACCUGCACAAGAGCUGGGACUACUCGCUGCUUCAUCCUUGGCUCGGCGAAGGCCUCAUCACGUCUGCAGGAAAGAAGUGGCACUCCCGCAGGAAGCUCCUGACGCCCGCCUUCCACUUCAGGAUCUUGGAGGACUUCCUGGACGUCUUCACGUCCCAGACGGACACGCUGGUGAGGCGGCUGAGGGCACAGGCGGACGGGCGGCCCUUCGACGUCUUCCACUACAUCACCCUGUGUGCGCUGGACAUCAUAUGCGAGACGGCGAUGGGGCGGCGGGUCAACGCCCAGGAGAAUUCCGAGUCGGACUUCGUGAGGGCCAUCCACGACCUGUCUUCCGUGAUCCAGUUCCGGCAGUUCCGGCCGUGGCUGCAUCCCGACUUCGUGUUCCACCGCACCAGCCACGGCAGGAAGCACGACGCCUGCCUCAAGGUCAUCCACGGCCUCGCCAAGGAGACGAUUUCCAUGAGAAGGAAGGUGCGGCGGGCCAAGGGCAUCGGGCCGCAGAAGAAGGCCCAGGAGGAUGACAUCGGCCAGAAGACCCGCCAGGCCUUCCUGGACCUCCUCCUGGAAUACUCCGAGAAGGACCCGACGAUCACCAACGAAGAUAUCUUGGAGGAAGUGAACACAUUCAUGUUCGCGGGCCACGACACCACCACCGCCGCCAUGAACUGGUUCCUGUACGUCAUGGGCACGCACAGGGAGAUCCAGACUCGUGUUCAGGAGGAGCUGGACGAGGUGUUCCAAGGCUCGGAUCGGCCGCCGACCAUGGCCGACCUGCGGGAGCUGAAGUACCUUGAGCUGUGCCUGAAGGAAUCCCUCAGGGUCUUCCCUUCCGUCCCUGCGAUCCUCAGGGAAAUCAAGGAGGAGAUUCAGAUCGACAAGUUCCGCAUCCCGGCCGGCACGUCCAUCGUAAUCCACAUGUAUCGGAUCCACCGCGACCCGGAGCAGUUCCCGAACCCGGAGGUUUUCGACCCGGACCGCUUCCUGCCCGAGAACUGCAACAAACGCCAUCCCUACGCGUACAUUCCCUUCAGCGCCGGACCCAGGAACUGCAUCGGCCAGAAAUUCGCGCAGUUAGAGAUGAAGGUCGUCCUGAGUUCCAUCCUGAGGAACUUCCGCGUGGAGAGUGACAUUCCGUGGAAGGACAUGAAGGUCCUCGGGGAACUCAUCCUGCGUCCCAAGGAGGGAAAUCCCCUAAAGCUUCAUCCCAGGAAAUAGAGUUUGGUAGAUAAGGCUUUGUAAUAUUUAGUUUUCUUUAAAAUAUAUAGGAAAAGUGAGACUAAAUGUCAAUAUAUAUGUUCAGGAUGUGUACCUUCUUCCUUACUUAAAGUAUAUUGAGACUAGAUUUUCUGUACAGACAUCUAGCACGAAUUACAUUAUCUAAUAAAUAUUUAAUUCUCAGCAAUUGUAAAAAUAAAAGAAAUUACACUUUCCUGCAAA